UGGGACCUUCUGCUGGCGAUCGUCUAUCAAGAAAAGUUUUUUGAUCCACUCUUUGCUUUUCCUGGGCAUAAAGCAGCCAUAGCCAUGCCGAGGAGAGUUGGAAAAGAAGUUGCACAACAAGUGGAAGUGGCUCCCGUGAGUCCAAGACAUUCUGAAGGUGAAAAUAGUCCAGAGCAUCUUCCACCUAUUUCUCCCUUGGCAGAUCGAUCAUAUGGCAAUCCCAUAUAUCGCAAUGAUGAUGAGGAGAAAGUUGAUUCUGCUGAGUCAAGCAAUAAAAUAUCUCAAGAACUUCAGCAGAUAAGGAAGCUACAAGAAGAAGCCAAUCAGAACAUGGAGCGUAGUCUACAAAGCUUUCUACAAGCCCAACGAAAACAUUCAGAUCAUUUCACUCAAUCUUUGAAUGUUAUUGAAAGGGCCAUUAAUGAAAGUUCUCGAGCCAUCCGAGAAGAUGUAGCAGAAAGUCGCAAAACCUUCACUGCAGUUUCUGAGAGAACCAUGGAACAUGUUCGACAGCAGCAAAAUGUUCCAAGGCAACCCGUACCUCCAGCAAUGGAAUUGUCACAGCAAAAUCUUCCAGAUCCUUUGCUCGGGGGGCACGGGGGGCAUAUUAAUCAGCCACAGUUCAAUAGGCAGCAGCAAAACAAUCCUGCUGGUGGCAUCCUUGGACCACAAGAUCCUGUGGAAGCAGCAUUCCGUGCAGCUGAGCAGUUCAACGCCAAUCAACAAAUAUAUGUACCCCCUGCACGGCGUCCAAAUGCUGUCCCACAGCCCAAUUUGCAGAAUAAUGAGACAUAUGGUCCAGCUCUGAGACCAUUGGUUCGUCCUUCCUAUCACAAGCCGUAUCCAGAUUACAUAGAUCGGGAUAAUCCAUUUCCUCGUGGAUUCAAAGUGCCUGAAUUUACUUUGUUUUCUGGGGACGCAAGCCAGUCAACCAUUGAACACAUUGGUAGGUUCACUAUUCAAUGUGGGGAGGCAUCGGGUGAUGAUUUUUUGAAGUUGAGACUCUUCCCAAGUUCUUUAACUGAGCCUGAGAUAUCCAUGGCUGAUCUUUCUAGACUAACUCAACGGCCAGGGGAAUCUUCUGAAAAUUAUCUUAUGUGGUUUAGAAAAGCCCGGAUGAAGUGUCAUGUUGCCUUACUAGAGCAAGAGUUCGUGAAGCUUGCUCAGAAUGGUUUAGACAUUGAACUUCGAAAGAAGUUUGAGGGGAUGGAAUUUAGAGACUUCUUUGAGCUCUCUUAUAAGGUGGCACGUUAUGAAAACCUUUUAAGAGAGGAAUCCCCAAGAAAGGCAGCGUCGCAAGGAACUUAUUAUCAGGAUGCUUUUGACCUUGAUGUUGCCGAGGUCUUUGCAGACAAGCCAGUAACUUGUCCUAAUCUAGUGAAAGUCACCCAACAAGUUGAGGCGGCUGCAAAGCGUCUCUCAUAUGAAUCUGGGAGACAAUAUACAUUUGAUGUGACUAAAGCAAAUGAAAUAUUUGAUUAUUUGAAAAAGUCAGGACAUAUUAAGCUGCCGCAGGGGCAUAGGCUCCCGAUGGUUGCUGAAAUUGCAUCCAAAGAUUACUGUAAGUUUCAUAACUCUUGGAAACACUCUACUAAUGACUGUGUUAUUUUUCGGAAUGUGUUGCAGGACAAGAUUGACAAAGGGUUGCUUCGUUUCCCUGAAAAACCCAAGGAAGCCAUGGGGGUUGAUGACAAUCCUUUUCCGAAUGUCGAUGUUGGAGUUAAUGUUGCUGACAUAAGGAGCAUUUCUCGAAGGACGUAUAGAGGGCGAACUUUGGCUGCAGAUGAGCUUCGCUGGGUGAUUGAGAAGGAAAGGGAGCGUUGUGCCCAACAGAAUCAGAGGCUCGGGGGGCAACACCAUGCUGCUAGAAUCUAUGCAUCCAAAUCCAGGAUGAAGGAGGCUCGACAUACAGAUCACUCUCGUAUGGUUAAGCCUCCACACCGACCUCCAAGUAAAAGGUUGCAGCGAAAGCGAGCAGAGGCACGUCGUCGUCAACAGUUAGCUACUGAGGAAGUUAAGGUUCCACAACGUUCUCUCGCAAAGGGAAAGAUGGUGUGGAAGAGAAAAGAAAGUCAAGAGGUUGCUGUCCAGAAUGAAUCUCAGCCGAAGGUGCCACCUCCUAAGCUCACCUCAUUGAUCGUUAAUGAAAAUGAGUUGAAGGCAACCUUUGAAGCAGAUCAACAAGCAGAGUUGACUAGCGAUGAUAAUCUUCUUGAGGACAUGGAUCCAAGGGCAGCGAGACUACCCAUGUUUCCGAUGGCAGCAUGCUUGUUGAGGAAGAAGUGAUAGAGGUUCCAGCCCAAGAAGAGGAAGAGGAGCAUGAUAUCCUUUCAGAACAAAUUAUCUUUAACAAACCAGAUGAAA